CAUGUUUUUCAAUGUCAUGCUUUCAAUUCCCUCCUCAGGUUUCAAUUCCAUUUCAACGUCCUAAUUUUCGUUUAGGUUUUCCAUGUCUUUGAUUCUCUUGUCAUUGAAAAUGUCUGCCUUUGCAACCUUUAUUAUUGUGGCUGUAGAAUGCCGUGGUGUGGAAGUAGAUGUACAGUUGCCCUUUUUUUUUUUGUGCUAUCUAAGGUACAGAAAGACACACAGCAAACACGCGCACGCGCAUCAUCUGCACGUUUGUUAUCCUGGCAAGCUCGAGAGCAGCUACUGGGAUUCCUUUAUAGACACGGACGGGUUGACUCCUCCAUUUUCACUCUUUUUUUUGUGAUCAUCAGGAAUGCAAACGAGCAUGGAGGCAAGCACCUUCUUGGUCUUGGAGAACUUCAUCGGAGGAAAGUUCACCCCGUGUCCGAGUCACAUCGACUCGUACGACCCGUCUACGGGGAAAGUGUACUGCAAAGUGCCCGACAGCGGCGAGCGAGAGGUGGAGGCGGCGGUGGCGGCAGCCAAGGAGGCCUUCCCGGCCUGGGCCGCUCGCAGUCCUGAUCAGAGGGCUCAGGUCCUCAACAAGAUGGCCGACCAGAUCGAGGCCCACCUGGAGGAGUUGGCGCAGGCCGAGUCCAAAGACCAAGGUAAGACGUUGACGUUUGCACGGACCGUGGACAUUCCCCGAGCGGCCUACAACUUGCGCUUCUUCGCCUCGUCGGUGCUCCACCACACCAACGACUGCAGCCAAAUGGACCACAUGGGCUGCCUCAACUACACUUUGCGCUGCCCCGUGGGAGUGGCUGGUCUGAUCAGCCCUUGGAAUCUCCCUUUGUACCUGCUGACGUGGAAGAUAGCGCCCGCCAUCGCCGCGGGCAACACGGUGGUCGCCAAACCCAGCGAGAUGACCUCAGUGACCGCCUGGAUGUUCUGCAAGCUGAUGCAGCAGGCUGGUGUUCCCCCAGGCGUGGUCAACAUAGUAUUCGGAACGGGGUCCCAGGCGGGAAACGCCCUGGUCGUCCAACCCGACGUCCCCCUGAUUUCCUUCACGGGCUCCACAGCAACCGCCCGGAUUAUUACUGAGCGCAGCGCCCCCUAUUGUAAGAAGCUGUCACUGGAGCUGGGUGGCAAAAACCCCGCCGUUAUUUUUGCCGACGCUGAUCUGGACCGGUGCAUCGAGACCACCGUCCGCUCUAGCUUCUCCAAUCAGGGAGAGAUCUGCUUGUGCACCAGUCGGAUUUUUGUGGAGCGCGGUGUUUACGCGACAUUCUUGGAGAGGUUUGUGGCCGCUGCCAGGAAGUGGAAGACCGGCGUGCCUUCGGACGCCGGCAGCAGCAAUGGCGCGCUCAUCAGCAAGGAGCACUUGGAAAAGGUGCGCAGCUUUGUUGCCCUGGCCAAAUCUGAGGGGGCCACAGUGCACUGCGGUGAAGGCGUAGACCCGCUGCAGUUGCCCGAGCGCAAUGCUGGCGGCUACUUCAUGGCCGCCACCGUGAUCUCGGGCGUCCCGCAGGGCUCCCGUGUCAUGCAGGAGGAGAUCUUCGGGCCGGUCACCUGCGUGAGCCCGUUUGACGGCGAGGACCAGGCGCUGGCGCUGGCCAACGGCGUGCGCUACGGUCUGGCGGCCACCGUCUGGUCCCGCGACGUGGCCAAGGUGCACCGGAUGGCGGCCGGGCUUCAAGCGGGCACGGUCUGGUCCAACUGCUGGCUGGUCCGCGAUCUGAAGCUGCCCUUCGGGGGCAUGAAGAGCUCUGGCGUCGGCAGAGAAGGCGGCAAGGAUUCCUAUCACUUCUUCACUGAGGUCAAGGCCGUCACCAUCCAAUACUGAAAGGCCUUGUAAGACAGGAAAGCAGGAGAAACAGCAUGCUCAUCAACAAGCGUGGAGGUCACCAUUGGUCAGAAGCAGGAUGAUGACACCACGAGCAAUCCCACGCAUUACCUUUGCUUCCAGUCAAUUAAUAUAAAAUGCCGAGUCAUGUAGCAACAGUGGAAGUCAUCAAAGCUGCACACAAUGCAAAUAUGUUCCAACAGCGUGAACAGAG